CCCACCUUUUCUCAGUUAUUUAGGUCUUUCAUCUGGUUUUCUCCGCAAGCUCGAGCUUUCUCCGAUUCGAUCUAGUUUCUCAUCGAUGGCGAACGCCGGCGAAAGCUCGUCCUCGGAUCCGAAGGGGACGAAGAGGGAUUUCAGCACUGCGAUUUUGGAGCGGAAGAAGGCUGCUAAUCGGUUGAUUGUUGAUGAGGCCAUCAAUGAUGAUAAUUCCGUGGUGGCUUUGAAUCCGGAGACGAUGGAAAAGCUUCAGCUUUUCCGUGGUGACACGAUCCUUCUGAAGGGUAAGAAGCGAAGGGACACUGUUUGCAUUGCUCUUGUUGAUGACACAUGUGAAGAACCUAAGAUAAGGAUGAACAAGGUCGUCCGAUCGAAUCUGAGAGUUAGAUUGGGUGAUGUUGUUUCCGUUCAUCAGUGUCCCGAUGUUAAGUACGGGAAGCGUGUUCAUAUUCUUCCUGUAGAUGAUACCAUCGAAGGAGUCACAGGCAAUUUAUUUGAUGCCUAUCUAAAACCCUAUUUCUUGGAGGCUUACCGCCCGGUUAGAAAAGGCGAUCUUUUCCUUGUGAGGGGGGGAAUGAGAAGCGUUGAGUUUAAGGUCAUAGAGACUGAUCCGGGUGAGUAUUGUGUCGUUUCUCCCGACACGGAGAUUUUUUGUGAGGGGGAGCCGGUGAAAAGGGAGGAUGAGGAUCGCCUUGAUGAAGUUGGGUAUGAUGAUGUUGGAGGAGUACGCAAACAAAUGGCCCAAAUUCGGGAAUUGGUUGAGCUUCCUCUCAGACACCCUCAGCUUUUCAAGUCAAUUGGUGUAAAACCUCCAAAAGGAAUUUUGUUAUAUGGGCCUCCUGGUUCAGGCAAGACUCUUAUUGCUAGAGCAGUUGCUAAUGAGACUGGUGCUUUCUUCUUUUGCAUCAAUGGUCCUGAGAUCAUGUCAAAGUUGGCUGGUGAGAGUGAAAGUAAUUUGAGGAAGGCUUUUGAGGAAGCAGAGAAGAAUGCCCCAUCUAUUAUUUUUAUUGAUGAGAUUGACUCCAUUGCUCCUAAACGUGAAAAGACCCAUGGGGAAGUGGAAAGGAGAAUUGUUUCCCAGCUCUUGACACUUAUGGACGGGCUUAAAUCUCGGGCUCAUGUUAUUGUGAUAGGGGCUACAAAUCGCCCUAAUAGUAUUGACCCUGCCCUUCGUAGGUUUGGUAGGUUUGACAGGGAAAUAGAUAUUGGGGUGCCUGAUGAAGUUGGGCGGCUUGAGGUCCUCCGAAUCCACACGAAGAACAUGAAGCUGUCUGAUGAUGUUGAUUUGGAAAGAAUAGCUAAGGACACUCAUGGUUAUGUUGGGGCUGAUCUCGCUGCACUGUGCACAGAAGCUGCCCUACAGUGCAUCAGAGAAAAGAUGGACAUUAUUGACUUGGAAGAUGAGACUAUUGAUGCUGAAAUCCUUAACUCAAUGGCUGUCACUAACGAACAUUUCAAGACUGCUCUUGGUACCAGCAAUCCCUCUGCCCUCCGAGAAACAGUUGUUGAAGUUCCAAACGUCAGUUGGGAUGAUAUUGGUGGUCUUGAGAAUGUUAAGAGGGAACUUCAAGAGACUGUCCAAUAUCCAGUGGAGCAUCCUGAAAAGUUUGAGAAGUUUGGGAUGUCCCCAUCCAAAGGUGUUCUGUUCUAUGGCCCUCCUGGGUGUGGUAAGACUUUAUUGGCCAAGGCAAUUGCAAAUGAGUGUCAAGCGAAUUUCAUUAGUGUCAAAGGUCCUGAGCUGCUCACCAUGUGGUUUGGUGAGAGUGAAGCAAAUGUGCGUGAAAUUUUUGACAAGGCACGCCAGUCAGCACCAUGUGUGCUAUUCUUUGAUGAGCUCGAUUCUAUUGCUACACAGAGGGGAAGUAGUGUUGGGGAUGCUGGUGGUGCUGCUGAUAGAGUUCUCAAUCAGCUGCUAACAGAGAUGGAUGGCAUGUCUGCUAAGAAGACUGUGUUUAUCAUUGGAGCAACCAACAGGCCUGACAUUAUUGAUCCAGCUUUGCUCAGGCCAGGACGUCUUGACCAGUUGAUAUACAUUCCUCUACCAGAUGAGGCCUCCCGCUACCAGAUAUUUAAAGCUGCUCUGAGGAAGUCCCCGCUUUCUAAAGAUGUUGAUUUGGCUGCACUGGCCAAGUACACUCAAGGCUUCAGUGGUGCAGAUAUCACUGAAAUCUGCCAACGUGCUGUCAAAUAUGCCAUCAGAGAGAACAUUGAGAAGGAUAUUGAGAGGGAAAGGAGGAGAAGUGAGAAUCCAGAAGCCAUGGAAGAAGAUGAUGCUGAUGAGGUGGCCGAGAUUAAACCUGCUCAUUUUGAAGAGUCGAUGAAGUUUGCACGAAGGAGUGUCAGUGAUGCCGACAUUCGCAAAUACCAGGCCUUUGCUCAGACUCUUCAGCAAUCUAGAGGAUUCGGGUCUGAAUUCCGUUUCUCCGACCGGUCGGAGACUGGAGCGACCACCACUGCAGCUGACCCAUUUGCAACCUCUGCAGCUGCAGCUGAUGAAGAUGAUCUAUAUAAUUAGCUGCAACAAAACUAAACUCUUCAAAAACAUUAAGGACUCUUUUAAUUUGUGUUUUUUUCUGUCCAUUGGAUAUUUAUAAUUUCUCUUGGAGACCAUGUUGUCAGUAAAAGCAUUUAGACAUUUAAAUUAAACCCACUGCAACGCAACUGUCAUGUUUUCUUCAUCUGAUUUCAAAUUUCUCUUAACCUUA